AUGUUGAAUAGAAUUGCCACUACCUCCCGCAAAAUUAAACUCUCUAGAUGUUGUGCUGUUUCAUCAUCUUCUAAACUUGCCCGUAAUGCUACAAGUGUAAAUACAAUUUGUUCAUAUCAUACAACACAAAGUAGAUGUGAAACAAAAGUUGUUCUUCCUCAAAAAGGAGAGGUUGUUCUGCCAGAUAAAAUCAAGAAAAUAGGCGAUGAAGUUUUGGCUCUCAAUGUUUUGGAAAGUAUAAUGCUUCAACAAUAUUUGAGAAAUCAAGCUGGUUUUGAUAUUGAUGUUCCAAACCCUGUUGAAGCCAUGCUCAAGGUCGGAUUGGGUCUCAAUUUCGGCCCAUUGGGAGGUGGUAUGGCAAUGAAUCCAGCCAUGAUGCAAGCUAUGGCUUCAGCACAAGCUGCUCCAGCCGCAACCCAAGCAAAGGAGGAACCAAAGGAAGAAGAAAAGAAGAAGGAAAACGUCAAGUCUGUAUUCAACGUUAAAAUUGAAAAGGUUGACGAAAAGGGUAAAAUCUCUGUAAUCAAGGAAUUGAGAAAGAUUGACAAGAACCUUACCCUCAAGGCAGCCAAGGAAAUGGUUGAAUCUGCACCAGUUGUUAUACAAAAGGAUGCUCCAAAGGAAGAGGCUGAAGCUCUCAAGAAGACAUUGGAAGAAAUGGGUGCAACAGUUGUUUUGGAGUAA